AUGCCACCUCUGCCAACAAACGUCCCAUCCGUUUUCAUUAAUGCUGUGAUAGAAAAUGACAGAGGGGAUGGUGAACUAUCUGAUCUUGUCAAAAAUCAACGGAAUACUUUGCUGGCAUCUUCCUUGGCUGAAAAGGAGGUUGUAUUCGCGUCUGUCCAACGAAUAGACGACAAAAUUCGCAACGUGAAGGCAGAAGUGUUACAAUUGAUCCACGAUCGACAAGAUGAAUUCAUUACUCUCUAUAACGA